AUGUCUUUGUCCAGCACUGAGCUCAAGUGUCAAAUAAAUUUUUCCAUCAACCUGCCUCCAAAGACUGAGAAUGGGAAGUGUCCUGUCUUGUACUGGCUCUCGGGAUUGACUUGCAUGGAGCAGAACUUCAUCACCAAUGCUGGCAGUCAGCAGGCAGCUUCUGAGCAUGGAACCAUUAUCGUUGCACCAGACACCAGCCCACGUGGUUGUAAGGGUAAAAAUGAGAGCUGGGACUUUGGCACAGGGGCUGUUUUCUAUGCCAACGCCACCCAGGAGCCCUGGAAGAGCAACUACCACAUGUACGCCUACGUCAGCUCUCAACUCUCUCAUUUGAUCAACGCUAACUUCCCCACUGACCAAGAGAACAUGUAUAUUUCUGGCCACUCCAUGGGGGGGGGGGGGGGGGGGGGAACAGCCCUGAAGAACCCUGGAAAACACAAGGCAUGUCUGUGUUUCUUGUUUGCCACCAUCUGCAACCCCAGCCAGAAGGCCUUCAAUGGGUACCUGGGAAAAGACAAGAAAGCCUGGGAGGCAUAUGAUGUCACGGUGCUUGCAGCAUCCUACUCCGGCCCUCAGCUGGACAUCCUGAUCGACCAGGGCAGUGAUGACUAGUUCCUGUCGGCCAGUCAUUUGCUUCCUGACAACCUGAUUGCCUCCUGCUCAGAGAAGAUCCCUGUGGUGUUCAGGCUGCAGCCGGGCUACGACCAUAGCUACUUCUUCAUCAACGACCACAUUAAGCACCAUGCCAAGUUCCUCAACCCUUAAGACCAUGACUGCUGGACCAGAACCCAACCAGGCGUUCUCCUCUAUGCCUUCUCCUCCCAACUGUGCACCUGCUACUAUGCACCUGUCCCAUACAGAGAGACGUAGGUGCCUGGUGAACUGACAUUAACCUGAUACGCCUGGUG